AUGGAGCUUGGGGGAAAGGUGCACAUAAUAUGUCAGGAGACUGGAUAUCAGGCGGAUGUGGAAUUUAAACUGAGGUCUUUUCUCGGUGGCGCGGACCAAACAAAUGCCAUAUCGGGAAGGAUAAAACGUGGCAAGGACACAAUCGCGACCGUCGAGGGAUAUUGGGACGGACGGAUCGAUAUUAAAGAUAAGAAAACUGGGGACGAAACAAGUCUUCUAGACGUAUCAGUAUUAAAAGAGCAGCGUCUGCCUCGGUACUUGGUGGAUAUCGACAAACAACACGAGUGGGAAUCCCAAAGACUGUGGGUCAAAGUCUCCGAAGCCAUAUUGAGUGAGGAUCAGGUGCUAGCGACUGAACAGAAAACGAUAAUUGAAGAGGCGCAACGUGCACGUGCACGUAAUCAGCUAACUACAUGGACGCCGAGACUGUUCCAUAGCGACACUAGAGCUGUGCCGCCAGAAGGAAUCAUCGACCAAGGAUGGAAAUACAAUCAUACAGAUACAAGUCCCUGGCAACCAGAAGAGAUAAUAGAGUAUGAGGACGAUUUCAUAAUAACGUCGAUAAAAACUGGUGCGUCCAUGGGCACAAGUAACGAGGCGAGACUCCGGGAGCUGUCGCAUCGCGCUUCGGAUUCCGAGAGUCAUGACGACUUGGCCAGGAGAUCUAAGACUUCUACCCGCACGUUAAAACAAACGCUACACUCGAUAGACUCGACGCUACGCGAACAAUCAAUCGCCAUAGAAAGAUUAACGAAAAGUGUUGAAAUGUUAAACGAAGGCCAGAGGGCAGCUGCUUUUCACCCACAAAAUGUUGCCAGAAUACCCACAGCCUCACAUUCUUGGGACCUUUUCGGUGGAUUUGUGCUCGCUAUGGUGUUACAGGCCCUUUUAAAUUGGAUCUUCCACCAAAGAGAGCAGAGGGACUAG